AAUAUCAUUACGGCUGGUUCAGUUCAAUUUACAUUUUCGGUAGCAGCAGCCCGAAGUUUCUCGAUCCACUUCCGAUUUCCUCCAACAUUUUUACAUAAAAUUUGCAAAAUGCGGUCAACAUUAUUGCUGCUGUUCUGGUUACUGGUGGCUGUGGCUUGUGGCUCCAGUUCAGCGCUGCGGUGUUACACAUGUGAGGAUUGCGAUGAGGAGUCCCACUUAACGGAGUUGACAGAAUGCAUUAUGCCUUCAUUCGUGCAGCAGCAGCAACCGCCGGGUGCCGUGGGAUCACCAGCUGUUGUACCGAGCGAUAGUCCCAGUGCUGCACCGAGUCCGGCACCAGCGUCCAGUCCAGCGCCCGCUUCAGCUUCAGCUCCUGCUCCGGCUGCAGCUGCACCUGCUCCGGCUGCAGCUGCGCCUGCUAAGCCUGCAGCUACACCUGCCAAGCCUGCAGCUACGCCUACUAAGCCUGCUGCUGCGCCUGCUCCAGCUGCCGAAUCUGAUGGCGACGAUGACGACUAUGAAAGUGACGAAGAUGAAUCUGCACCACAAUCCACGCUGGGCACUAAACCAGCUGCUCCAGCAGCACCAGCAGCUGCAGCUCCUGCAGCAGCCUCUGAUAGCGAGGACGAAGAUGAGGAUGAUGAUUAUGAUGAGCGAAGACGCAGACGCAGCGCCAGUCGCCAGUCAAUGGGCAACAAUCAAAUAGCCGUUUGCUAUCGAGCCAGUCUAAGACUCAACGGCACGGAAAUAACGAAUCGCGGCUGUACACUUGUCGUGGAGGACAAUUCGACAGCCGCCUGUAAAAACCUGUUCAAUGGCUGGGAAGUGGUCGGCUGUCAGCUGUGCGAGUCGAAUGGCUGCAAUGCACCCAUCCGUGAGACAAUUUCGUCUCCAUGGAACACGGCCAGCAGCUGUUGGAUGUCAGGGUGGAAAACAAUACUUGGAACGACGCUGCCAUCCCUAAUGAUACUGCUUGCAAGAGGGUGUUGAAUCUGAGUCUAAAUCUGCACCUGAUAACAUA